AUGUCGAGGCAACCCCGCAAUCAGGGCCAGUCCGGGCCGACGGCCACAACUCGACAAAACGAGUACUUCGUUCCCCGCGAUGGCAUUGACCGUGAGGUCAUCUCGGCCGACAUUUGCCGAUACCUGGGCAACGAUGCCCUUGUACGGCCUGGGCAUUACGAGAACCCACAGACCGGCCAAGUCGUCCAGGGAUACUACAUCACAGCCUACAGGAACUUGACUACAGCCAUGAUCGAGGAUCUUAAGGCCGACUCGGCCCGAUGGGACAACGAGAGGCGAGCGCAGACGUCGCGCAACACCUCUGGAGUACAAUAUCGCUACUCCGAGACGCACCAGUCGCGGCAGCACCAUGGCCCUACCGAGGCGCCAUUCCAAGCAGACCCUUACCGUGACCCUGGAUAUGAGAACAGGUACCCCGGAACGGGAGCACCAGGCUACACUGGAGCCUCUGGCGCCUACCCUCCGCCGCAACAACAGCAGCAGCAGCAGUACGCUGCCACAAGUGGUGGCGCGUACGCUGGCGGCUACCAGCCGACCCAGCAGUCUCCUGGUCCGGACCCAAGGUUUUCUAGUGCCCAGGGUGGUUCCAUGAUGCGUCCCGGAUACCAGCCCAGCCAGGACCCUCCCUACAUUGGAACAGGAGCCAAUCUGCCGCAUUCUGGAUUUGCCCAGUCAAAUGAUCCUUACAACUCCCGGUUAGGCGCAUCGGCUGCAGCCCCCCAGCAGCCCGUCUAUGCCACUGCUCCACCGCAGCAGCCUACUUACCCAGCGUCCUCAUCGCCUUACCAGCCAUUCCCAGGCCAGGCUCCCGCUGGCGCCGGGCAGCCUUACCCGGCCAUGCAGCCCCAUGAUCCCUUCUAUGGGCGAGGCCAAGCUCCGCAACAACAAACCCAAGGCUACUCGAACCAGGGACAACAGCUCAAGUAA